AUGCGCGCCGUCGCCAACGAUACGCACUCGACGCUCGUGCCGCCCGACGGCGGGCCGACGAGGCUGCGGCCGAACGAGGGCCUCGUCUGCGGCGACGCCGACGUCACGCUCGCCGACGUCGAGAUGAUGGUCGCGUCCCUCAUCGCGCAGGGCCUCAUGAAGGGAUACAUUGCCCACUCGUCGAACCGCUUCGCCGUCCUCGGCGCCACGAAGCGUAGCCCCGUCGUUGCCGGAUGGCCGACACCUUGGUCUGCCAUUCACGAGAGAAAAUAUCACGAGGGAGACGUUGACCUGGAGGACGUGCCGGGGUGGGUCAAGGGGUGA